AUGGGUUCUCUUGGUGCUGUCUCUCAGGACAGCAUUCCUCACGCCCAUGCCAAGGCGACUAAGCAGCAAGCAGCACGUUCGGUGGACAAACAUGGCCUUGACAUCAUCGAUAUUCGACGCGUUGCGGUUGAAACAAACUUGAAAGACGACAUUAUUUCCAUGUGGAACCCCACAAACGGACCCCGGAGGCUGCCGACCCUGCUUCUCUACAAUGAACGGGGCCUGCAAUUGUUCGAGGAUAUCACAUAUCUGGACGAAUACUACUUGACCAACAACGAAAUCGAGGUUCUCGAGAAGUAUUCGAAAGAGAUUGCUCAGAAUAUCUCGCCCGAGUCUAUGGUCAUUGAGUUGGGAAUAUGUUUGUUGCUGCAAGCUUUUGAGGAUGCCGGCAAGAACAUCGACUACUACGCACUUGACCUUUCCCGGAAGGAAUUGGAGCGCACACUCGCUCAAGUUCCCAACUUCCAUCACGUCAAAUGCCAUGGUCUGUUGGGAACCUACGAUGACGGUCGGGAAUGGCUGAAGCAGCCAUCCAACCUGGCGCGCACCAAGUGCAUCUUGAGCUUGGGUUCAAGCAUUGGAAAUUUCGAGCGCGAUGAUGCGGCCGGUUUUCUCAAACACUUCAGCGAUGUCCUUACGCAGUCGGACAAGUUGUUGAUUGGACUGGACGGAUGCGGCGACCCUUCCAAGGUCUACUUCAUUCUCAACGGACUCGCCAACGCCAAUGAAAUCCUGGGAGAAGAGGCCUUCAAGCUCAAAGACUGGGAAGUCAUCGGCGAGUAUGUGUAUGAUGACGAAGGAGGACGUCACCAGGCUUUCUACUCGCCCGUUCGAGACACAUACGUUCUGGGAGCACUGGUGAGGCAACACGAGCGCAUUCAGGUUGAGCAGAGCCUGAAAUAUUCCCAACUGGGAGCCGAGAACUUGUGGAACAUGGCUGGCUUGGUCGAGACGACUUGCUGGUCCAAGGGUAACGAGCAUGGCGUUCACAUGAUUUCGAAGAGGAAGAUGCCUUUCAGUCUUCUCCCCGAACUAUACGCUUCCUCGCCCUGUCCCACCUUGGACGAUUGGCAGGCGCUGUGGACGGCAUGGGAUGCCGUUACACAGCAAAUGCUCCCAAGAGAGGAGCUGCUGGACCAACCCAUCAAGCUUCGCAAUGCCUGCAUCUUCUAUCUGGGCCACAUUCCGGGCUUCUUAGAUAUUCAGUUGUGUAAAACUACCAAGACGCCUCCGACUGAGCCAGCAUACUUCCAGCCAAUGUUUGAGCGGGGCAUCGACCCUGAUGUUGACAACCCGGAGCAAUGCCAUUCUCACUCCGAGAUCCCCGAGGAGUGGCCUGCAGUGGAAGAGAUUCUCCAAUAUCAGCAUCGUGUGAGAUCCAGGCUCCUGGACCUCUACAAGAGCGGAAUCGAUAAGAUCCCGCGAGCCGUUGCCCAAGGGAUCUGGGUGGGAUUCGAGCAUGAGAUCAUGCACAUGGAGACCCUUCUAUACAUGAUGCUCCAGAGUGACAAGACUCUUCCGCCUCCUGACGUUCUGCGUCCAGACUUCAAGCGCUUGGCCAAAAAAGCUCGUCAGUCCCGGGUACCUAAUCAGUGGCACGAUGUGCCUGCUCAGUCCAUUAUUCUUGGCAUGGAUGAGCCUGAUCUCAAUGCUGGUGUCAACGGCUACUUUGGCUGGGACAACGAGAGACCUUCAAGAAAGGCCAACGUCCAUGCAUUCCAGGCGCAGGGACGACCGAUCACAAAUGAGGAGUAUGCAGAAUACAUGUUUGAGAACCACAUCGACAAGGUCCCCGCAUCUUGGGCCGAUGUUCAUACCACUGUGUCCGAUUCCAAGACGACUGUAGAAGCUCAUGGACAAUCGUAUCUCGCCAAUGGCCACAAGAAUGACCAAGCCAAUGGGCAUGUCAAUGGGCACGUCAACGGUCAGACAAACGGACACAGGAAUGGUGCACCAAAUGGGCAUGUGAACGGUCAUCAGAAUGGCCACCAGAACGGCGACAGCGCUGUUCCCGAUUCGUUCCUUGAGGGCAUCGCAGUCCGCACAGUUUUCGGCUUGGUCCCACUGAAAUACGCCCUGGACUGGCCGAUCUUUGCAUCUUUUGAUGAGCUGUCUGGCUGCGCCGCAUGGAUGGGAGGCCGGAUCCCUACGUUUGAAGAAGCUCGAAGCAUCUACACCUAUGUUCACAACUCAAAGAAGAUGGAAGCUGAGCGGACGCUCGGCAGGACGGUCCCGGCAGUCAACGGUCACCUGUCGAAUGACGGUGUAGAGGAGACACCACCAAAGAGAAACUCACUCGAGGCCGCGAAAACUCGAACUGAGCUUUUCGCGGACCUCGACGGUGCCAAUGUUGGCUUUCAGCAUUGGCGCCCGGUUCCCGUGACGGCUGACGGAGGUCGCCUCGCGGGACAAGGGGAGCUCGGUGGCGUCUGGGAAUGGACCAGCUCGCCCCUUGCUCGGCAUGAAGGGUUCGAACCGAUGCCUCUGUACCCUCAGUACACGGGUAAGAUGACCUGGAUUUCGCCUAUAAAUGAUUUGGCUGAUGAUAAACUGCAGCCGACUUCUUCGAUGGGAAGCACAACAUUGUGCUUGGAGGAUCAUGGUCAACGCAUCCCCGGAUCGCCGGCCGAAGAUCAUUUGUGCAGUGUCAACUGGUAUCAACGAAACUACCCCUUUGCCUGGUGUGGUGCGAGACUCGUUAGGGAUAUUAACUAA